AGGGUGCAGACACAUCAGUGCAUAACUACCUAGUUGUACAUAGAGUACAUAGUUAAUGAGAGACUGGGUUGCUUAGUCAGUUAGUCAGUGUGUAUGACUUAGGUCCUAAGUCAUUCAGUCAGCAUGCAGAGCAACAUCUACAGGCAGCAGAACGAGCACUUUGAAGUCUUUACUACUGUCCUCUCCCCACAAGUUCACCGGGGACGAUGCCAAUUCAGACAGGCAGAGGCUGACCAGAUGGUAGUAAAGCGCAGCUACAAGCCCCACUGGCCAGAUGAGCUGGCGCUGACCCGGGGGGAGUUCAUCCUGGUUCUGUGUAAAGAUGAUGAGGCCCGGUGGUUUGGGCGGCUGCAAAACGGACAGCAGGGAUACUUCCCGGCCUCGCAUGUUGUGGAGCUGAGCCACCAGGACGAUGAGUCAGCUAAAGACGUCCACCGCUUAGCGAGACGGGGUUCAGCUCCGGCCACGUAUGCAGGUGGUACUGGCGCACUCAGGCUGCAGGCCCUCCGCAGAGCCAGCAGAGCAGCGGCGGGAGGGGGGCUGGAGGGGGCCGAGGGGGAGAGAGAGGGCCCCAUCCUGAUACUGAAGUCCCAGAUCUCUCUCCCUAACAGGCUUCCCCAGCCCCUGCCCCAACCCCAGCCACAGGCACACAGCUCCCCAAGCUUCCUCCACAGGAUCCUAUCCAAGCACCGUCGGAGGAGUGAUUGUCAUGGGUCCAGCAACACGGGCUACAUGGCCGACUAAGAUGCUACGAUGGACGGUGGUGUGUGGGGAGAGAAACAGGCACAAGAGGGGAAAGGAGGGAGGAGAGAGGAGGAGAUUGGGUAUAGCGAAAAGUGACUACAUUUUGUGCCCACCCCCAAUGGGGCCAGGUAGGGUUGCCAUAGUUACAUCACUAAUGCUAGUCUAUGACUGAACUGCUGGCUGCAUCAUUGGAGAGCUGGAGUGAGGGUAACUAUUUCCCUGCCUCCUCUGUAAAGUGUUUAAGAAAUAUCAAUGGUGUACCGUAUAUACAUUUUCCGGGAUUAAGAUGUGACAUUAAGCAAGCCGUAAAUUGAAGGGUUGAAUAGGGGGAUCAGAUUUAUGACUAUAUUUUAUGAAGCUAACUGUGUUUACUUCAGCCAAAUAAUGUUCCAUGAGUCUGCUUGAGCUUUCUGUUCCAUGAGUCUGCCUGAGCUUUCUGUUCCAUGUUGUCAUCCAUAUUAGGCUGUAUUCUCUGCAACUACGACGUUCCAGAGCAGCACUAAAUCAUUGAUAUAUUUCCUUUUGACUAUAAAUUGUUCAAUUUAAUUUGUGUUAAACCCAACAUCAGCCAAGAAUGUAUUUUUCAUAAAAAAUAAUCAAACCCGUA